GUACGCGAUGAUCGCCCUGUACAUCGGCGCCGACUCCUUCACGUCGCAGUGGCAGACAAAGGCGCACCCGGGCGUGGACCAGUUCCAGAUGAUGUUUGGAGUGAACACCUGGUCCAUCCUCUUCACGCUUGCAGCGCUGCUCGCCUCCGGCGAGCUGUGGACCACGAUCGCCUUUCUGAAGCUCAACCCUGCCGCCUUUAUGGACAACGUCACCAUCGCCAUCACCUCCGCCACCGGCCAGCUCUUCAUCUUUUACACAUCAAGCGCUUCGGCCCCUCUCUUCAUCUUUUACACAAUCAAGCGCUUCGGCCCCGUCGCCUUCACGAUCAUCAUGACCACGCGCCAGAUCUUCUCCAUGGCGCGCCCGCUGGCUGCCCCGCCCGACUACCCUCUGGUCAUCUCAAACUUCGCAUUUGGCCACUCGCUGGGCAUCAGCGGGUGGGCCGCCGCCAGCGUCGUCUUUGCGACGCUCUUCUACCGCGUCUACAGAAGCGCAAAGUCGCGGAAAGGCUGA